UGUACCACGCUUAAGGGUAAAACGAGAAUUUUGCUCAUCCUACUAACAUCCGUUUUAGUUGUAAUAAAGAGCACUCUGCAGCUGCGUUGCAAUCUGAUUGAUAUAUCGCGAUUGUAUUGUGAUCUGGGCUACAUGUAAGUGAAACUAGAAAGCGAAAUAUAUUCGAAGAAACUGACAUGAAUCUACACAUACUGAAUAAUGUGAAAUAUUUUUAUAUCCAACAUAACACAACGCUAAGCGACCGUCUGAUCGAUGAAUUGAUGUCAGCAGCUUCGGACUUGUGAAAUAAAAAGCUACAAUGAAGAUGAACUACAACGGCAGCAAAUUUAGCUGGGCGACGCUUCCAGCUGAAGCGCUGGCUCGAAUCUUCGGCAAUUUAUCUUAUGACGAAUUAAUAUCGGCUUCGUUGGUCUGCAAACACUGGGAGAUGGUUGUGCACAGUCCGUCGCUCUGGCGAACGGUUGAAUUCAACUUGAGCCAAGCAGACAACUCCACCAACCCCCACCUGAUUGACUACAUACUACGGCGUCACGGUAACCACAUCCGCGACGUUUCUCUCAAAACGGACAACUCUGUCGAGUCUGCGGAGGCUGCCUGCAUCGUUCUUUCUCGCCUGGUCAACUCUUCCUUGAAGACACUAACGCUGAUGAGUGCUGCGAAGCCAGCAUUCAUGGACAUCGAGGAGAAGAAAUUUACGUCAGCUCUAAUUAUUGCCCUUGAUCAUUCGCCGCUUAGGUCACUAGAUAUCGAUCACACGCCCGUGGAUGAUCCAUCUUUAGCCACCCUAGCAUUGAGUACAUCUGGAACGCUGCAACUUCUACGGAUCAAGAGUUGCCCUCGAUUGUCGCCAAGAGGUAUUCUAGCACUCGCUGAGCAUUGCCAAUGUCUCCGUGAACUCUCGCUAUCUUAUUCUCUCCUAAGCGAUGAACUUCUGGUGGCUCUCAGCGUGGAGAAACACGUUCGUCUAGAGACGCUCAGGGUCGAAGCGUAUCCUGAAUCAAAACCUCUGCCACGUCUAAGUGACAGAGCGUGGCUUGCCUUGGCAACUCACUCGCCAAACAUCAACUUUGUAUUAUUAUCCUACAUCACGGACGAAGACGAUUUCGCACCACUUCUUGCCUCCUAUAUACCCGUUACUCACCUCUACUUCGGCGAAGAUGCACCUGCAGCGGUCGUUGCUAGGAUUGGAAAGCUUUGUCCCCGGCUUGUGGAGCUCGUCAUCAGUAGACACAGUCCUGGACCAAUUGAUCAAGCUUUGAUAUCCGCUGCUAGAGGAUGCCCCCAACUCGCCGCCGUCGGCCUUGGUGACUGUGAACUCACAUGCUCUGGAUUCGUCGAUUUUGUAGUUCUGUGCGCAGAGCGUCUUCGGGAAUUGUACGUAUACGAAACGUCGCUGCUGGAAGACUCUAAGUACGACGUUGCAAGUGCAGCCGGCAGAGUAUCGUCUUUGCUAGGACGAAGUUGGGCACCCGAGUACAUUCCGAUGUGGUAAAACGUACGAUCGAACCGAAGCAUACAGAUUACAAUUAUGUACCAUCAUUGUUAGACUAAUAAUAAGUCGGGAAAUCCAUACAGCCCAGCAGCGAUAUCAAACUGCAUAUUGAACGAGUUAUAUUUCAAUAGCCACGUCAUAAUGGAUGUGUCAAUUCAGAGAGAAAGGAUUUGAUUGAAACUGAAAUUUACGUGUCUAGUUGUUUCAUCUUUCGCAUUGAAAUGAUUCAAUAUUAAGUAAAUCCAAUUCUCAAUAUAUUAACGUCAUACCAAAAAAAUAUAAACUUUAUUAGGUCGUAAUUUUUUCUUACGCGUAA